AUGUCCUCGCCGGCGGCGCAUCGGGUCGCCUGCGCCCCGGCAUCGCAGCCGGUCUUCCCCGACGAGAUCCUGGAGGAGAUCUUUCUCCGCCUCGACGCCGCGGAAGACCUCGCCCGCGCCUCCGCCGCCUGCACGACCUUCCGCCGCGUCGUCUCCGCGCGCCGCUUCCUUCACCGCUUCAGGUUUCAGAAGAUGUUUGAGCGCCACUAUGCACACGGCUGCUUCUUCUGGAUGAUCAAUAUCGUCAGCAGUUUCCUGGAUUGCGAUCCCUUCCUCGAUCCAGACACUGACAAGGACAAGGAGAACCAGGAUUUGUCAUUCGAGGUGAUUUGCACUGUGCAGUGCGAACACAAGCUCGUGACCUUCCACUUCUCUUCAGUCACCGGACAAUGGCGAGGCAUCACUUUCAAUAGAACAGUUCCUUUGCACUCUAACUUGGUUAGGUUUCAGGAGAUGUUCAAACGCCAUUACGCUCAUGGCUGCUACUUCUGGACUAUCAGUGUUGGCAGCAGUUUUAUGAUCAUGCUCAACAUGCAUAAUAUGGAACUCUCUGUUGUUGAUCUCCCUCCUGUCAUACAUGACAACCCGCGAGCACUGGCCAUUGUGGAGGCAGGGGAAGGCAUGAUAGGUCUGUUCACUCUUCGUGAUGGCAUGCUACAGCUCUACUGUAAGUCUUUGCGAGGAAAUGAGUGGCAGCACAAAAGGACAAUCCCCUUGCCCAAACCAAACAGUUACUGGAGCAUCGUUCAUGCAGCUGCUGGGUACUAUCUCCUAAAAGUAUCACAACUGGAUGACUGCCAGUUUGCAAUGCAGGGGUCACAGUAUUUCACACUCAAUCUCAAAAUAUUCCUAGUUGAGGAGCUGUGCGUUUCGAAUAGUCGGUACACUAGAGGUGCUUUCCUCUAUGCGAGUUUCUUAUCACCAUUCUCACUGCCAAGUAUAUGA